UAUUUAUUUUUAAAAUAUGUAUAUGUGUCGAGAUUGUUGAUAUUAUUUUGAAGCCGCAUUUGGAACGUUUUUCGAUUUUGUAAUUUUUACGAUUUCAUGGAAUGUGUUUAAACCUAUAUAUGAAAAUGGUUCUACGUUGCUUUGUGUGUGGAAUAAACCGCUAUGAUCAUUCUAACCUAACUUUUCAUAGCAUUCCAUCUAAUGAGAGUGAACGAGGGAUAUGGUUCAGUCUAUUGGGAUUCCUGACAAAUAAUAUGCAACGGAUGCCGAAGCGGCCACGGAUCUGUUCAAAUCAUUUUGAAAAAGCGGAUUUUCAUUAUAAACGCAACGGCAAAAAGUUUUUAAAUAAGGGCGCGUAUCCAAAAGCAUGCGAAACGUUCCAGGAUGACUGGUCGAAUAUUUCAAGACCAGCGUCAGCUGAGGGGACAAUAGAACACAAAGGUCAACUUCUGGAAGACAACGAAAGUUCUUCGAUUACCGAUCCCGCCUCGUCAACACAGGUGGAAUCAACUCGAAGUUCUAUUUCAGAGUCUUUGGGAUCGGUGAAAAAGGCAAAGGCAAGGCAGGCUUCCCAUUUGCCGCAUAAACAAGGUAAUUUAGCUCUUGAAAAGAAGAAGAAGAAAAGGAAAGUCAUAAUGUAUGUUGGUAAUUUAAGUGUGGACGAUUUUGAUUCUCCAAUCAAACGACAAAGGAAUUUAGACUUGGUGAAACGCGCGAUACUGGAACAACGGACAAAAAUCGACGAUCUUUACAAAACUAUCGGAACCCUGAACGGCAAAAUUAUCAAUUUGAAACAUCGGUUAAAGCGUAUUUGAGAGGCCUUGGCGGCAUCUCAGCCGAAGGUGAUUAUCUUUUUUUAUUUAUAAUAUACAUGCUGUUUUAUAAUUUAAUGUUAAUAAUGAAGAGAGCGAUUUUUUAUCUAUUUUAAAAAGAACACUUCACAUGAACAUAUGUCCCAAACGUGGCGGGCGUCACUGUCUAUUUUGAAAGGCAUUGAUGGUACGCCAUUGAUUACUCUUAAAAUAAAAAUUAAUCUUACAAUCUCCAAUCAUUUGUAAAAAAAAAUAAUUUCUUGUUUUUUUUAAUCUGAUGUACGGUUUUCGUUGAAAAAAAUAAAAACUUAACAAAAGACCAAUCGCAGUCCACCCACGUUAGAUAGAGGCGUGGAAAAUCCGCCUUUCGAAAAUUAAAAUUGCCGUGAAGGUUUGUAGCAAGAUUGGAAAGUAAUGUUGAGAGUGAUUGACAAAUCAUCCGCGAAAAGUAGAUACCGCUGCACAGCGUUGCCAAACCGUUAUGAUUUCUUCGAUUUCACGGUGAAAUUAUAUACUUGCAACUUAAUAUAAACUGGAUUAAGUUUGUUCUAAAAGUUGCCCAAUGAGAUGAGGAAUGGGAAUGGGAAUUUUGUUUACCUUUUUUUUGUAUUUAUUUAUUUUAGGAUAAUAAAAUUAAUGUUAAUUGGAAAAUACGACAUAAAAAUUAAAUAAAACUUAACAUAAUGAGACAUGUUGGUGGCCACCAAUUUUAAUACUACUGCAUGGAAUUUAAGAAACCAUGUUGUUGGUGGCUUUAUGUUUAGUACUCCACACAAUUUUUUUAUGUAUUUAAUUGGUUAUUCAAGGCCCAACAAAGAAGUCAUUCAUAGGGUUAUUAUUAUUUUAUUAUUAUGUAAAUGCUAUAUGCGUAAAUAAAAUUUUUAAUUUUAAUUUUAAUUUAUCGAAUUCAAUAUUAUUCAUUGCCGAUAGAACCCAGACAGGGACGGACUCCUUACUAUACUCGUUACUAUACUAAUACCAUUUAUAAAUCUUCUGAUUUUCUCUUGUAUUGGUUAUUGGAUGAAUGGAACUUGGUGACGUUUCGCCAAUCGACCUGUUGACUUCUUCAGAGCUUAAAUAAAACAUGUUUGCAUUUUACUGUAUACCUACUUAUAUAUUGUUUUAGAAGGGCAGAACUAAAUGAGGGACAUGAAUAUUGUCUGAUAUUGAUAGAGAAUUCUAUGUAUCAUGUUUGUCACUUUAAGAGAUGAUUUUUUCGCAUAGUAUUUAUAUUUUCGCUGAUGAGGGUACGGCUGAUCCAAAAUUAAAUCACAAACACAGUGUAAGUGCUAAAUAUUAAUAAAAUUUUAAUUUUAAUAAAACGAGUUUUCUUAAUUAGAGAAAACUUUUUUGAUGGUCAUUUGUGACCAUCCUGUAUAAUAUAUUUUCGCCGUAGAUAGGUCAAAGCAUUAAAUAUUAACCACUUCCAUGAUUCCGUGAUAAAAAUUCCCAAUUUUAGGUUUCAAGUGUAAAAAAACAUAUAAAACAACAUUGAAGAUUUGUUUCGACGCUGCACGGCUUGUCUUUUUGACUGACUGACCAGGGCGUCGCGUUUCACUUCUAUAGAACGUAGCUCGCGAUGGAGAUCCAACAUUCCAGAGUUCUUGGAACCGUUUCCGUCAUCGUCAAAGGCUUGGUGUGGUCAUGCGCAGCCAAAGCCCUUAGACUAUAAGAGUUUGAAGUCAAAUUUUGUCUAAAAAGACAAAUGAGCACUAGUAGAAGUUAUGAACUUGCCAGAAUUCCCGGCAUUGCUCACGCACAGAAAUAUGAUUUUAUGAAACUUUUCAAAAAGGUGACAUAAAAUUAUUUAUUAAGUGAUUGUGAUGGUACAAUUCUUUAUUAUUAUUAUUAUUAUUAUUAUUAUUAUUAUGUGAUAUUAGAUUUUCUAUUUUUGUACUGACCAAUAUAAUACUUUUCGAUAUGAAUUUUUAUAACUGUUAUACCCGGAAUUGUAGUCUGCGAUUCAUGGUUUAAUACGAAAAUCCAAGAGAUUGUGACAUUUUGUUACAGGAAGCGGUUUAGCAAAAAAAACUUUCAAAAGAAUACAAAAAAUGAACAUUCCAAUGAUAAUGAUAAACUUAUUCAGCAGUGGCACCAAAAAGAAGAGAAAAUAAAAGGAAAAUAAAGAAAACAUAGUUUGAUCACAAGAAUCGCAAACGACCAGACAGACCAGAUCUCUCACCAUGAAUGUACGGUGGUAAUAUGUCGUUGCAUUCGAAAGUAUUGGUUUAUCGAUUAAUUUCAUGUACACAUGUAUGAAGUAGAGUACCACGUUACUUUUGGUUUAGAUUUUCAAAAUUACACAAGUCACUCCGCGUAAACCUUUAUUUCGUACCAAUAAUUUAUAUAAAGUUUAUGUUGUUGUUUAUGUUAUGACGCGCUGCACGGUUUCCCUUUCCGACUGACUGGCCAAGAAGCGGCGCUUUGGCCUAUAUACAACGCAGUGCCGUAUUCGCGAUGGGCGCUGGACUUCCAGCCCUCAGGCACAUCACCAUAGUUCAUAUAGAAUGUCUGAUGGGUAUAAGACCUUUCUUUAUUGUCUUCACAAUUUUUUUUGGUAACAAAAGUUACUCAGAAUUUUGGGUGGUAUCGUCUGUUUCGACAUGAAUUGGCAACCCUGCAGGUGCGUAUAUAUAUUUCAAAUAGAUCUAUCCGCACUAUGGCUAUACACCAGACCUAAAAGAACUAUUCAGUUCUACUUAACUUCUAAUAGGAUACUCGAUGUGUUUGGUACGUUAAAUGAAUUUAAAUAAAAUUUCAGGCCAGUAGUUUUAAACCAAUCAAAAAUGAUUUUUUGACAGCCAUGCCAGCCAACGCAUUUCCUUAUCCACAAUAUUAAUAAGUGGAACGUUAUCGACUUUUCGGCAUUAUUUAAAAUUAAUCGAAUUAACUUAAUGAUUCGACAACCUAAUGUUUGCGACUAACAGUGAUGGUGGACAAUGAUAUUUCACGUAAACUUAAAUAAGGUUAAAUGAGGCGGUGCUUAUUAUUUUUUUAAACUAUAUAUAUUUUCGAGUUCCAACAUUUAGCGAAGCACUAAUGCUUUUCUUAUUCGUGAACUUGA